UAAUUUCGACAGAUUGAAACAUAUCAGCGGUGUGGCUUAAAAGCACACCAAAGCAUGGAUUUCGUAGGUUUUCGCGUGUGUCAAUGGCUAGAUUGGGCACAAUGUGUAUACGGAGGUGCUAUUAGGGUAUAGUAUUUUUUGUUUCACGUCUGCAUGAGCAUGUUCAGCGAAGAAACAAGGACGCUCGGCAAAAUGUCUGAAAAAGCGGAAGCUGCGCCGUAUAACUCGUUCGACAAUUUUCCGGGGUCAUGUUCUACUGCGCUGAACACCAAUGUUACGAACGGAUAUUCAGAGCGCGGUUUCCUGUCAUCCAGAGUUUCCGGGGAGGACGCAUCGAAGAAGGAUGGAAUUGAUCUCAUAUCCGACCAAGCCAUCGAGGAUCCGGACAAAUGGGAACUAGAGCAGUUAUACGAAGAGUCACCCGAAUUGCGCUUCUUUGAGAAUCCGGUUGAAGUUGGCAGAGGAGCGUUCAGUACUGUGUUUGUCGCGAAUCCAAUCGGCCAAGCAAAGAAAGUUGUUCUGAAAAAGCUGAAAAGAACGUCCCACAUAGAUACAGCGGCGAAUGAGUUGCAGUAUCUAUUGAGACUUGGGGGGAAGCACCACGUUCCGGAGUUGCUGUGUCAAGUGCGGAAUUUUGAUUCCGUUAUCUUCGUCAUGCCUUUCUUACGUUCGACAGAUUUCAAUGUGAGUUUUUUUUGCAUUGAUACCCUGUUUUGUUUCGUCUAUUCAUCUAUCGUUCAAUGUUCGCAGACCUGGAUAAGUAAUCCGAAAAUGGACGAAGUGAAGGAUUAUUUCCGGAAUCUUUUCGAAGCCUUGAAUCAUGUUCAUUCGUUUGGAAUCAUGCACAGGGACGUGAAACCUGGGAACUUCCUAUUCAAUCGCGAAUCUCGUCGGUGUUUGUUGAUCGACUUCGGUCUUGCGCAAUAUGAGCACGGAAAAGCCCCUAUCGAAGAAGAUGAAGAUGAUGAAUUCACGGAUGAAGAAUUAUGUUCAAAGCCAAGAAUGAGCACGCCGUUGAGGGAACUUGUGAUGCCACAGAGUCAAGACUCCGACACGGAGAGUAUCGAUUCUUGCUUGAAUUUGUCAUUGCGGGAACGACUUAUUCGUCGUGACAGUGCCAACAGUCAAAGGAUCAAGGAAUGCUUGGAGCUUAUGGACAAACAGACAAAGGCCAGAAAGAAGCGGAUAUCUAAAGAAAACCCCAAAGAUUCAGAUCUCUUCCCAAGUUUCGAGGCGUUUUCUUCAAAAAAUGCGCACAUUUUCGAGCGUUUUCUCCCUCGUCAGGGUGGGGAAAGAGGACUUCGCUCCUAUCUAAAUCGUUUCGCAUAUUCACGGAACAAGGCUGACGCUUACGCCAAUCGUCCCGGAGCGAACAAGGACGCGUAUUUGUUUCUGGAAGGCGAGAAUUGUCCGUGUUUAGGGGAAGGCUGGAUUUGCGAAAUAUGUCGUGAACAGGCUCAACUGCGAGCCCCAAGAGGAGGAACUCCGGGAUUCCGCGCCCCGGAAGUCCUGCUUAAAAGCCUGCGGCAAACAACAGCAAUUGAUAUCUGGUCAGCCGGUGUGAUGCUUCUUGCUGUUCUGAGUAAAAGAUAUCCUUUCUUCACUGCAUGUGACGACGCUGAAAGCUUAGUGGAGAUCGCUGGGGUAUUCGGCACGGAAGCCGUCGCGGAACUUGGCGACAAGUGCGGGAAAGUAGUGACGUUUGACGUCAGUUCCGGUGUCGGUCCACCUUUGGACCUUCGCGCUUUAACUCUGGUUCUCCGCCCAGCUUCCGACGUGUAUGUGGAGCAAAGCAGUCAGUGUAAAUUCUGCCGUGUCGCUGUGAGUGCAAGUGGGAAGUCGGGAUGUUUGUGUGUGAUAGAUUGGAAACGAAGGCAUCUCAGGAAGAUGAGUCCGACAAAGAAACGAUCAUCCAAGGCUCCUUUGCAUCCCGUGCGGAGUUCCAAGGAUGUAUUUCCGGAUUCCGUGUACGAUUUGCUGGCGAAGUUGCUUGCUGUGGAUCCGAAAGAGCGUUUGACGGCUAGGAUGUCGGGCGAAAUAGACGACGAACCGCUCGAGUGCCUCGAUUUGAGCGGAAAGGAGUUGAAAAAAGUGCCACCCGCGGCGUGUGAUCAUUACAACGUCACCACGCUUUCCUUAAACCACAAUGAGCUUCAGAGACUCGAAAAUGUCGAUACCUAUGGCAACUUACUCAAGCUUACGGCAACGCACAAUUCGAUCUCAAGAAUGUACGCGUUAAGCAGAAUGUAUUCCCUAAGACACUUGGAUCUCUCGUUCAAUAGCAUCACGGCCAUCGAAGGACUUCGAGAACUCGUACAUUUAGAAUGGCUCAGUUUAUCUGGAAACAACAUCAAGACCGUUGAGCACUUGAACACGAACACAGCUUUGAAGUACCUGGAUCUCUCGAGCAAUUGCAUUUCCAGUGUGACUGACCUGAAAAAUUUAAGGAACCUGAGAACAUUAUAUUUGCACGACAACCACAUUUCGGAUCUCAAGUUUUGCGACAGGUUUUUACCAAAAGAAACCUUAAUAAUCCUCACGUUACAAAAUAAUCGGAUCGCGGAUCUCUGCCAAGCGUAUUAUUUGAAAAAUUUCGUUGGAUUGAAGAAACUUAGUUUUUAUCCAAACCCGUGUUUGCAGUCUGCCGGCGAAAAAACCUCUUUCGAUUACCGGCCAUUCUUGAUCAAUUGGUGCAUGCAGUUGCAUAGCUUGGACGGGAUCCCUGUCGGCGAACACGAGUUAUUGAAAGCGGAAUGGUUGUACUCUCAAGGCAAAGGGCGACACUUCCCUCCAUCAACAAAUAAACACAAGGAACUCGUUGAAUAUCUGAUUGGGUGUUGUCCGAUGGCGAAUGAAGAAGACCACGGAGAUCCCGAUGGACAUCUGGAGCGUGUACUGAUGAAAGCUCGAGAACACCAGACCAAAGGCAAUGACUUGGGAAAGACGAGGCCGUUGAGUGCGGAAAAUGACGUGGAUGAUCCGAAUGGAAGACGUAGGCGAAAACGUGAACAGGUUUUUCACUCGUCCAGCAGAUCCGUUUCCGCAGUCGUGGCUCCGAUUGUAGCCGCCAAAAAAAUCUCUCGUCCCACUAGUCACUCGAGAAGUUCGAGCAUCAGUAUCACUCCUUGCAGUUCUCCUCGAGUCGCGAAAGAAAACGGGGUAAAAGUGGCGUCCAAGUCGUCGACGAUUCCUUCAUCCUCGACGAAGUCGAAUAAAUCUCAUUACGACGUUAGUCUGAGUCCUGCUAUAUACACGGACCCCUCGACAGCUAGAAGGAAUCGUGGGUUGUGGCACGUUGACCUGAUGGCGCAAAGUUGUCACGUGGACGCCAUCCGAGAUUUCAUGGCUGACGACGACGAGGAUGAGACCAGGGAUGGGUUCGUGUCGCCGCCGGAUUUGUCCAUCUCUCGGAUUUCUGGCCCGGAUUUCCUUUUGAGCAAGGACGACGUGAUGACGCGGAGUUGGGAUCCGAGUUUGAAAAUUUCUGCGAAGUCCCCUAAACCGAGCGGAGUUCCGAGACCAGUUUCAGCAGCAGUGAAAUCGGGAAUACCGUCGGUCUCCCGAAAACCAGCAUCCAAACAAAACGUUUCAAAAAUUUACUCUCCUGUUUCCGUGAAGACUACGACGCCUUCUAACUCUUCUGCCCGCAAGACCACGAGUUUAUCUAGUCAAGCUGAGAAGAAGAAGGUUUUACAGCAACGAUCCAUGACUGAGGAUACUCUUCUGGCUCUGACUAGGACAAGGUCCGAUUCAGUGUGUUCCAACGCGUCAGCAAAAAGCAACCGAACCGUGACGCUGACGUCAUCCCGAGACGACGACGAAGACGCCAAAAAGUCCGCCGCGUUGUCCAUUCAGAAAAUUUGGCGAGGCUACAGAACUCGAAAUUUGGAUUCUGCUGUGAAAGAGAAGCUUUGGUCCUUGCGGUCUUCCAGGACAGAGGACCACGUUAUGGCAAUGAGCAAAGAGUUGCGCGAAGCAACUGAUGCAUUGAAGAACGAGCGGCAAAUGCGAUUGUUGAUGACGAAGGCGAUCAAGGAACUGCAUAAACUGGUCGUUGGUAACUCUGAUGCCAGUGAUGAAGGAGGGUGCAGUAGGGAAAGUGUCAAGGGUUGCUGUCGAUGUGCCGAUUUGUCUACUCAAGUGGAGGAGUUGCAAGAGUCGAUGCGAGAAAUGAGCGAACAAUUGAAGAAGCUGACGGAGAAACAUCAGGAAGGGAAUGUGGUGAACAAGGAGAAGCUGAAUGAAAAAGUGGGCGAUGACGAGGAAGAAGAGACAAGUGAAAACCGUGUCGGUGAGCUGCUUGUCCGUGGCGAGAGUUUUUGCCACGUUUCCGAUGACGCUCUCUUGCGGACUGUUCCUUCGACGCUGGAGAUGGAAUCGAGAAAAGAAGCACAGCGGAGGCGACCGACUAGCCUUCCGGUUGUUCGUGUUUACGAACGGAUUCCUCCGCAAGAAGCUGAAGGCAUUGAAGAAUUUGCUAAUCAGUUGGCCAUUUCCCUGUGUACUGAAGUUCAAAACACUGUCAAGAACUCUUAGAGACUGAAACGAAAGAAGAGGCAAGAAAACUUUAGGGUCUGAUGCCCACCGUCGGAAUCAUCCGUCCGCGGAUGCCUGAAAAGCCACGGUUCAAUUUUCCACAAAAAAAUUCAAACCUUUUUUCAAGUUUUUUGUUCUGUUGUUUUUUUCCUAAGCGGGACUUCGGGGCAAGUGCGUGCUUUGCUUUUGGGGUUUUUUCAAGCGUUUCACUUCUCAGAACGAGCUUUUUGCUGCAUUUGAGAUCUUUUCACCAGGGUCGUGUUUAUAUUUUUGUGACAACAUAGUCUUUGAUCGAGAUUUGCACCGCAAAUCUUCUUCGCAUUUGUGCGAACAAGCGUAUAGUAGAAGACCUAAUGUAGGUUAACUUACUACCGGGCAGUUAUUGAGCAAAGGAAAUCAAGUGUGAAAGGACUGACGCUGUGAAAGAUUCACAUACGGAAGUGCUUUUGUGGCCUGGAGGAACCCAGAACCAAGUAGACUAAGUGACUUUGUUUAGCCUUGCACUUGCACUGCGCUGAUAUCUUCCUACAUACUUCGAAUAUCCGUGUGAUUUAGGGAUCUACAAGGUAGCACGUUGUGUACUACGCGUUGCUCAAAUUUAUUCCUGUGAAAAUUUACUUCACAUUUUUUGUUUCAAAUUAAGUGAUGAGCAAAAUUGUGCUUACUCGCAAGAAAAUGAGCUGAUCGCACCAAAGCUCUUUUUAUUCUGGCUCAUUAUUAAGGGCCUUUUCCUGAAUGACCAAAAUCCGUCAAGGCAUUUGUUGAAAAAAUAAUUUGAAAUGACAUUAUCGACAGUCCACAAGUCCUAAGGUGAAUUGACUCUCACAAUAAUCACAAUUUUUAUUUUGGGAAAUGAAUUAAAAAAAAUUAUUUACCCCUGACGAAAUGCCACAAUUCAGUGAAAAAAAAAACGACAGGUUAAAAAAUUCGAAGUGUGCAGGAACCUCGAAUUAAUAAUAUAUAUCUUGCUUAUCUGAAUUUUGAGUAUGGUUUUUCACGUGUGAGAUCAGUUCAAGCGAGGAUAAUUUUUGUUCCACUUAUAUGUGGAACUUGGUUUUGAAUCUCGGAUAAUAUUUCGAGCUAUUUAAGGUGAAUACGUUUCAUUUUUAUUUUGCGAAAGAAUGGUCAGACCAAGUUUUAAGCUUGAACACAGGUGUCUGUGUCAAAAUUCCUUCAUUUUAAUUGCAUUAGCGGUUGUCAAAAUUAUGAACACAGCUCUGUGAAAAGAUCAAGAUGGCUGGCUUUUUUGUUUGUUUGUGUGUGUGUCGAAUCUAGUCCCGCGGAGUUUUGCAUUUGGAAGGAGAGGCUUUGGUUGAGAGCCUUCUGACGUUGGAAAUUUAGCAGGUUGCCCAGCAAAAAGUACCUGUGUUGCGGAAUAAUUUCUCCACUUCGCCAAUUUGUCUUUUGUUUUGUGAAACAUUUUGUUGAAUUUUUUAGUCUGGAGGAGUGUUUUCAUCUGGUCCUUGAGAAGGGGGGAUUUUGCGGUGAAGUAUUUUCCUAGGCGGGAGCGAGAAACAUAAUUCCAGUGUUCCUUUUUUUGUUGCUGCUUGAUGAACCAAUUGAUCUCGCGCCGGAUUUUGUUUUUUCGGGUUUUUGUGUAUCGCCACGGAUUUGAUGGCUGUUGGGUUAUUGGUACAGUAGCAGUUUCACUGCGGUAAUUAGACGUCACAUUCCGAAGGGUCCGUCGAUGAGCUCUUGUAUGACUUGAUUUUUUGCUGAUCUGAUUCAUUAUCCGCGUGGUAAUUUGAGUGUCGUUUUAUUUCGCAGGGGGUCGUUUUUUUGCAUUGCGCAGCGGCG